UAAACCUGUUACAAUAAAUGAUCAUUCGAGCAGCGUCACGCGCAUCUUAACGACGAGCAGCAACCACUUUUUGAUGAAUGACAUUUUGGGCUAGAAAGGAUGCACGGGUCAUUUUAAACAGUCAUUCAUUGCUCGCAUUGGCAUUCUUACAUUUUUUCCCCCGUCUCGCUCAUAAAAAGGUGUUAUAUUAUUUAGAGACAGUUGCUGAGCUGAAUGCGGAUUAGCUCCGCCACAACUCAUCGGAGCACCAGCCCUGGAAAUUGUGUUUCUUUCUAGAAGGCUUAAUGAUGGAGAGGAUAAGAAAAGAGAUGAUUCUGAUGGAGAGAGGUCUGCACAGUCCCGUGCCUGGGAAAAGGCUCUCGAACCUGUCAGACUCCGCUGGAAAUUCAGUGUUAGAGGCCCUCGAAAAUUCUCAGCACAGUGGUCGCCUAAGCCCGAGAAUAAGUUCCGCCUCGCUUCAUGGAAGUCUCGGGGAUAUUCCAACCAAAGGCAAGUUCGAAAUCGACAGUAUUUUCGGUGCCCACCACAACAGCGAGAAUACUUCUUCCGCGGAGAUUUCAUCCUCAGAAAGCAGAAAGAAAAUUCACUUAUACCCAGAAGUUUCUCAAGACUCAGAUAUGAACAGUGAUGUGGAGGUGGGAUGCCCAUCGCAUCGCUCUCCCAGUCAACACAAGGAAAACAACAACAAAGGGUUUUCUGACAAUAAUUCUGGAGGUUCCAACACAAGUUCAUCCUCCCUUUCCAAUCAUAACGGCAAUGGAAUGAGCUCAAACAUGUCAAAUGCCGAGACUAGACGGUACCGGACUGCGUUCACCAGAGAACAAAUAGGAAGACUGGAGAAAGAGUUUUACAGGGAAAAUUAUGUCUCAAGACCCAGAAGAUGUGAACUGGCCGCAUCACUGAAUCUACCUGAAACUACAAUAAAGGUAUGGUUCCAGAACAGGCGGAUGAAGGAUAAGAGGCAACGUUUGGCGAUGUCUUGGCCCCAUCCAGCAGAUCCAAGCUUUUACACCUACAUGAUGACGCACGCGGCAGCCACCGGAAGUCUACCAUACCCUUUCCAUUCCCACAUGCCUCUGCACUAUUACCCGCACGUUGGUGUCACAGCAGCUGCCGCUGCCGCAGCUGCGUCUGGUGCUGCAUCGUCACCUUUCGCUACCUCCAUUCGCCCUCUCGAUACUUUCCGUGCACUCUCCCAUCCUUACUCACGCCCAGAGCUUCUCUGUGGCUUCAGGCACCCAGGACUUUAUCAGUCACCCGCAGGCCUCAAUAGCUCUGCGGCAGCAUCAGCAGCAGCGGCAGCAGCAGCAUGUGCAGCCGCGGUCAGCGCGCCAUCAGCCACUGGCCCAUGCUCCUGCCUCAGUUGUCACAGCAGCCAAGCGGCCAGUGCGCUAGGCUCCAGAAGUACCAACUCUGACUUCACCUGCACAGCAUCUGGGCAAAGAUCCGAGAGUGGAUUUUUGCCGUAUUCUGCAGCUGUCCUGAGCAAAACCUCCGUUCCAUCACCAGAUCAGAGAGAGGAAUCUUCACUAAACAGAUAACUCAUCACUGGAACUUCAAAAACAAGUUCAGUUACUCAUGUUUUCAUGCUCUGUGGUUAGUUUAUACAUCCAUCUAUGACUCCAAUAUUUGGGGGACAAAUAACGGUAAUUCCAAAACAAUUAGGCUAACUUAAUUAGCAAACACUUAAAUAUUUGUUUUUACAAUAAACAAAGAUUUUCUAGGCACUAGGCUAUUCGGGAAAAAAAUACAAAAAUGUUGCAUUCAACAGAAAUAUCAUGUUAGACGUU